AAAUACAAAUGUCAUUUGACGACUGAUGCUUGGCUUGUUGACUACUUGAUUACAAAGCUCGAAUUUGGAUACUAAAAAUUAUUCCGUGAUAAUUCCUCAUACGUAAAUCAACACAAACAGUGAUGAGCAUUAUAAAAUAUUAAAUAAAUCAGUGAAAUAAGUUGUAUCUUGUAACUUUAGUCUGUUCCAUGUCUUAUUAAUUAUAUAGUGCAAUUUGUUUUGUUUGACAUUAUAAUAUAUUGAAGUGCGUGUGUGAAUUCCUCACCAAAACAAACAAAUAAUUGCAUUCAGACUUUAUUAAUAAUAUUAUUUCAAAAUGGGAGUAAAAUUUUAUGCUAUUUUUGCAUUUUUAUGUGCUGUUCCGAUAAUUUACGCUUGUAAUGAGGCUAUUUGUGCCAGCGUUGUCUCAAAAUGUAUGUUAACUCAAUCUUGUAAGUGUGAUCUAAAGGAUUGUACGUGUUGCAAGGAUUGUUUCAACUGUCUCAGUUACUUGUACAGUGAAUGCUGCAGUUGUGUUGACAUGUGUCCGAAACCGAACGACACACAAACAGAGCUUUCCAAAUCAUCUUAUGUAGAAGAGUUAUCAGACAACGUACCUGAUCUCUUUGCCGCCCUGACCAGUGAUGUGGACCCUCAACAGAGAUGGUUGUCCAUCACAUAUCCAGUGGACAUUGAUAUAUCAGCUUAUAGACCAGCAUCAGAGAAACAACUUGUUUACCACCUUCAAAGCGUGGAACAAGAGUCGGAGCCGGUAAGCCGUGAUAUAGUGACGUUCAACUGUACCGUGGCUUUCCUCUCGCAGUGUAUGUCGUGUGACAAGUGCCGGGCGUCCUGUAGGUCCAUGGGAUCUAAUAGCUUCAGAUGGUUCCACGACGGUUGCUGCGAGUGCGUGGGCGACAAGUGUUUAUACUACGGGAUCAAUGAGAGCAGGUGCCUGGCUUGUCCAGGUGGCAAGGAAACCCCUGAUUCAGUAAUCGACGACGACUUAAGUUACGACGACUUAGAUUACGGUGAAGAAGUCGAUGCCCAGUCAGUGUAAACUUAGAAUAACUUUAACUUAGUACCAUUGUCGUCAAAUAGGUGUUAUAUGUGUCAAUGAAGGAUAGAAUCAAAGUGAGAGUGGGAUGGCGAGUUGUAAAAUGUUGGUGUGUGAGCGAGAUGGUGUGCUGUCAAAUUCAAAUUACGAUUUUUAUUGGCACAGGUUAUAUUUGAUAAAGUUAGCUAACUUUAAUUUUGAUAAUGACGAUUAGAGUGUUGUUUAUAAUAUUAAUUUCUUUAAAUUGAAGUAUGUGGAACUUUUUAUACAACAGAAUUUUAUUUGACACUUUGUUGUAUAAAAAGAUUUUUUAUAAAGAUGGCGCCCUAUUGUCGACUAUGGUACAUAAUUUUACUUUAUUCUCUCAAAACCAGUCCAUUAAAUAAGUAUAAUCAUAUUAUUUUUGCCGUAAACUUUUACAUUUUUUCACUUUUUAUGUAUCUAGUGAUUUAAUUUUACAAAUGUUUUACAAAGUACCUAUUUUGGAAGAUAAAAGUGUUUUGAAUAAAAUGAAAAUUUUCCGUCCUCGAAUGAAAUAUUUA